UUUUGAUUGGCUUGACGGUGGCCAAUGGGAGCACGGGGAGAGAGUCAAAGGGAGGCCAUAGCACAGCUCUGCUCACACCUGAUACAUUACCUGGUGGAGUUCAGAGCCAGCAUCUCAUUACCUAUUAACCCAACCCAUAACUAGGGCUCAUUGUGUCCCGUAAGCCCCAGCAGUCAAGGUGUUUCUCUGCAUUUCUCUUUGUAUUCUGCGGAAGAAGAGAAGCCAUGGCUGUGGCCAAUUUUCACUAUAUAACCCGGAUGAGCAGCGGCUUCAAGGUCUACAUCUUGGAAGGUCAGCCCAACCUGAGGAGUGAGGACCGGUACAGACACAUGACCACCGAACGGGUUCGAGGCCCCGCCGUCUACCCAAUCAAGCGCAAGCGCAGCCACGACCACGGCCUGACUCUGGAGGAAAGGCGAGAGAGGGCCCUGAGCCGCAGCAGGGGCCCCCAGAGAGCCUCUGUGCUCCCCGUCCCACCGAGCCCCACGUCGACCUGGAGCCCGAGCCCCAGCCCCACAAGCCCCCUGCCCCACCACGCCUACUACGCCCCGGUCAUGGACGAGCCGCUGGCCCUCAUCAAGAGGCCACGGCGGGAGGAAUCUGACGGCACAAAGGACAAGACGACAGGCUCCGCCCCCAGCCAAGCGCAGAUGCGUCCCUCUGUGAUCACCUGUGUGUCUUCGGUCCGGAGCACUGGAACCAUGUCGAGGUCUGAGGUCCACGGGAGGCACUCAUCAGUGACCUCCGACAGCAGCUACGACCACGGGGUGGAGGAGCACUUCCAGAGGAGCCUGGGAGCGGCGUACCGGCGCGCCCACCCCCAGCAGGCCUCCAUCGGCGUCUCCGUGGACGACCAUUUUGCCAAGGCCCUGGGCGAGAAGUGGCUCCAGAUCAAGUCCAAGUCCUCGUCCUGCUCCUCCACGCCCCCCAGCUCACCCAGCGUCACGCACUCACCCGUCUACGGCCUGAACCUGGCCCACAAGGGGGGCCGCAGCACCUCCUCGCCGACCUCCGGCCCCUGGGUCCUCCACUGAGACCCCCGGGGCGGAGGGAGAGACCUCGGAGCUGGACUUUUUCAGUUGGACUUGUUUUCGAUUUACGUUUCACAUUUCAGUGGGUGUCAUUGUGCUCUACGAGGAUCAAAGGUGACCAAAAAAGCGUUUAUAGGUCACUCUGUCACACACACACACACACACACACACACACACACACACACACACACACACACACACACACACACACACACACACACACACACACACACACACACACACCGGAACACACACACAUACCGGAACACACACACACACCGGACACUGAGGUGAGGUGAAUGUUGUCGACCUGAUGGAAAUGGUGUCUCCGAAUCAAAGAGCCGUUAGUGCAAACAAAGGUUGAAUUAAUAGGAGUGUAUUGAGGGGUUUCUUGUUUUUUUUACUGCUUGUGAAUAGAGUUUAAGUAGCUGGAGUAGAGGUUGACAAAGGGUGAUUGGGAUUCGACCAAUCAAAUCCUUCACAUUUCCUUUAGUAUUCGUUGGUGUCAUUCAUUUCAUGCAGUCUGAUUGUAAAACGUGUCAUUGUAUUUAUAUUCUGAAGCCGCUGGUUCCUUUCAUUCCUUUAUGGAAAUACCUACUGGUGUCGUGGUUUUGAACUUUAUUAAAAGUAAAACACGUUUCAUAGCUUCUAAAAAAGAUCCAAUAUAUGUCAGGCCAAAAUCUUGCAUUUGUGUGUCUGCCAUAUAGCAACCCGCUUGAUUUUGCGUUGUUCAGAUAUCUGAGUUAGGUCCCCUCAAAAAAGAACAUGAGGUCACACAUUUGUUACUUUAGAGACAACCACAAGAACACAGCUCUAUGGCUCACGUUCGCACCGUGUGUCACAAGCCAGAACAAGCACAGAGUAAGGGUUAGAGAGCUCUCCUAGAACUAUAGCACUCUGUGAGGUCAGACGCUCACACGGACACCUGCCUGUUGAAAGGGCGAGCGCCCCAGACAGGUUAAUUUCAGCCGUGAGUCAGUGUGUGUGUGUGUCUGUCUGUCGGCACUGCAUCCGGACGAGCCGUGGUGGUUGUGUAUGUGACCGAACGCAGAGCGAGAAACGGGGCUGUGUGAAGUGGGAGGAAGAGAGCAGUGUCUGAGUGUUGGAUUUUCCCCCCGUAGGUUCAGGGAAUGCAGAUUCAUGUCCCAGCAGGCACUUUAGGGCUUGUGUUCUGACAUUCCUGUCUCCUGAGAAAAUCACUCUGUCAGAUCCUACAGAUCCUGUUUGGCAAGGCCCAGGGAGGGAGGGAAGAGCAGGAAGGCAGGGUAAGGCGAGAGAACCAGGCCUGACCAUGAGAAACAGCCUUUUGCUCGUCAGUUGCUUAUUUGCAUGCUCAAUCUUGUUCCACUUAAAAAAAAACGUAAUGAUUAAGGAAGAAACAUUUCCAGUGUCAUGUGAGACGGGGGAUGUGCACAUGUUUUCAGUUUUUUUGUUUGCUAAAUUGCUGGGACAAGCUAGCAUGUUUAUGUGGUUUGAUGCUGUGGAACUGUGCAACUUGGUUGGGAGUUUGUAUUUCUUAUAAAAUAAAACCAAAAAUGAAGAUUAUUAGGUGUUUGAUUCUAUUGGCAGAUGAGUGUAUCAGCACACAUUUCAAGGUACGAAGGACAUUUCUGAAGUGUGUAUACACACAGUUUAGUCCUUGGUCUUGCAGUUGUUCUGUGCACACAUAAGAACUGGAUGGAUAUUACUAUUAUUUGCUCCCUCUUUCAAGUGGUUUCAAACUGGUAUUUCCACCUGGAAUGCAU